AUGGCUCCACAUAAUUGUGAUAGAGAGUUGAUUGAUUUAAUACAUAAUUUUUUCCUACGAUCGACUUUAUUAAUAUGUUCGUCAAAAUUAAACAAAAAUCAACAUUUAUUGGAAGAAAUACAAAAAUUUGAUUCAGACUUAAAUGAAAAACCUGAUUUACCUAAAACUAUUAAUGAAUGGUUCCAUGAUGAAAAUGAAAGGAAUCUCCCACCAUUGGUAAUUGAGACUUUGCUAGAUUUAAAGAAGUUAUCGCCUAAUCAUUUUGUUACAUUAAGAGAUGAUGACGGGAAUGUUUGGAAUGUUUGUAAAGGCACAAAAAAGUCAGAAAUUGUACUGGAAAGAUGGCUAAUAGAAUUGGAUAAUACAUCCGCAGCAUUUCAAUCAUAUAGAGGAACGAUUGACUCUACUGGUGAAAUUAGAAAACAAAUUGUGCUACUCGCCCGUUAUUUAGUAACGUUGAUUCAAAUUCUGCCUAGUAAUGAGUUGGAAGAAAAUUUGACCAAAAAUAGCACUAAUUUAAUAUUGUCAUUAAAACGUAAGGUAAUCGAUGGUUCAAAACCAAUAUUAUCAAAGGGUAGAAUAGGUUUAAGCAAACCUAUUAUUAGUACAUACUCAAAUGUCAUUAAUGAAAGAAAUAUACCACCUCAUCUUGAACAGAGGAAAAUCACACCUGUAUAUACGCCAUUAGGGCUAUUGAGAAUAUCAGUUUCUUUCCGCCAUGAUUGUCGAUUUGAAGUUAAUCAAUCUACAGAUUCGUCUGAUAAUGUAGCUUCAAAUACUACAAAUAUCCAUCAACAUUUAGAACCAUUGCAUAACAAAAAUUAUACAAACACGUCUCUUUCUAUUUCUCCCCAUUCGCAUAUUGCACUGGCAUCAUCAUCUGAAAGAAAUUCAAUAGGUAAGAAAGACUUGAAUUCAAAGCCAAUUCACCCCUUCAAGACCGGUUCUGUAGGAAGCUGCACCAUCAAUCAAAGUCAAGCUAUGAUCAGGACAACAUCAAAUCCAUCUGUAAUAGCAACAUUAAGAGCACAGAGAUCAAGAAAUGAUUCCAUAUCCUGUCAAAGUCAAUUGGAAGAUAUUCAGCUUGAAAGCACAAGUGUUGGUAGUGGAUCAAAAUACUCUUCUUCAUUUGGUAGGAUUCGCCGGCACUCAAGUGUCAAGUCCUCAGAAAAUGUUGAGAAGCCUAUAAGGUUGGUUAAACAGUCCAAUGCUCCUACAGAUGAUUUGUUGGACUUUGUUAAAAUGAUGGAUGAGAAACAGGAGCUAAGAAUAACGAAAUGUAAUAUCAGCAGCAAUAACGCUGAUAUUUCGAACUCCAUCUUACGUUUUCAAAAGUUAAAGUCAUCUAACGAAAUAUUAAGUGAGGAUCUUUCAAUGAGUGUUUCAUUAGAAGGUGUGAAUGCAAGCAUGCACAGGCGUUCGUCGGUUUCACACUCUCCAAUACCGUCCGUAUCGCCCCCUGUUCAGUAUCCAUCCAUUCCCUCAAGGUUGUCGAAAACUAAUCUACAAGAGCAAGAUACCUUUAAGACUGCAGUAGUGAGCAGAAGAAAUUCAGUUGAAAAAUCAAAAAUUAAUAUUUCACAACCCAAAACAACAGGAAGAAUUGAAAAUGAACUAGUUGACAAGCCUCUUUUUAAUGAGGAACAUGAAUCAAAGGGGGAAGAAUUACUGGCUUCUGGAAUUAUUGGGCCAAGUUUUAAGCGCUCGACAUCCCCUCAUUCGAUUGAAAGUGUUUCAAGUUUAAUUUCGAAAACUAAAAUUGCAUUUCAGCAACCCUCCUAUUACUCUCAUCCUACAACAGCAGCAGUUCCUGCGUAUGCAAAGCUUCACAGGCCUUCAGUUCUUUCGACUGAUGUUUUGUCAGAAGAUCAAAAUAAAAAGGUGGUGCAAGAUUUAAAUAAUAAUAAGGAUGAAGAUGAUGAGCUACUAUUUUUUAUGAGUGAUAUGAAUUUAUCAAAAAUUUGA